UAACAAUAUUAAUAAGUAUAAUAAUAAUUACAAAAAAAAACUGAUGUGAGGUGGUGAAAUACACGGGCCCCUGCCUUGGGUUUGCUGCAGCCGCGGGGCCCAAAAUGUUGUUGACCCGGCCCGGUCUCCUCAUGAUUAUUGAUUAUUUUAGACUGAUUGAUGGAGGAGGAAGUGUAGUGAAUAACCAUAAAGCCUCAUUACAGCUCCAUCAUUAGUCUCGCCUGCAGCAGUGCUGUAAUAAUCCCGCAUCAGUGGCGGGGAAACGGCGGAUUGCUCAACGCGGCUGUGACGCGGCUCCGGGCGUCAUUGGGGCUCUGCUGCUGCGGUUUCUGCUUCUGCUUCCUGCUCUGACGAAACUGCAGAAUUCCCGGGAUCUGAAGCUCUAAUCCGCGUUUAAUCCCCGCUCAAUAACGCUCUGUGUACCGGUGUGAACGGCGAUAUGAGUGACGGAGCGGUUUAUUCCCGGUGCAGCGGCGGCAGGUCUGCGGUUGGAGUCCUGCGGGCUCCGAGUGCGCAUGCGCUCCCGGUGUUCGCCAGCGUAGACACGCGGUGCAGUGUUUUUCGCAACGCUUCAGACGCAAUAACGCGACGCCGAUCAGUCAUGGAAGUUUCCCCAGUUGAACAAUCAGGCUCUUUAAAAGCCUCCAGAUCCGCACAGCAGCACCCAACACCGGACACCGAGCACCGGCGAGCCGCCAUGAAGACCUGCUGCCUCCUUCUGCUGCACCUCUGUGUGUGCCAGCUGCUGUGUGUGCCCCUACAGCCACAGCUAACACACACACACACUGAACACACUCUGAGAGCCUUGAGUUUGGCCAAGAAGAUCCUAAACGACAUUCCAGCUGUGCAGGAGCUCUGCGCACCCAACACUGGUUUGAGUUCCUCCACUGAGGAGUUUUUAUCCAGUGAGUUCCAGAUCCCGACGUUGCCGCUGCUCAAAUCUGAGGAUUUAACACUGGAGGAGCGUGUGCAGCGGAUGCUCAUCGGUCUGGAGCUUCAUCACAGAGUCCUGCUGAAGCUGCUGGAGCCCUGCCGCCCAGAGAACCUACUGAACGACCUCGCAGAGCUGCGCACGCUGCUCCUCCUCCAGGUGCCCUCUGCUGGUCCUCAGGUGUUGCCGCACACACACACUCUCUCGGCUCCACUCAGCCAGUUCAAGCUGCAGGUGCGUGUGCGCGCGACACUCCGGCAGCUGCGCAGCUUCAUGCAGGACGUGUUCCGCAGCCUGCGCUGCAUCAGUGUGUCUCAAUGCUAACUGCACGCACAUACACACACACCAUGACUUUCGCUACAUAUUUAUAUAUUUAAUAUUUAUUGUUUUGAACAUUUGUUAUUUUGGUAGCCGACACAUGUUGUGUUUAACACAUGUUGACCGACACAUGUUGUGUGUUUAACACAUGUUGUGCCCUGUGGGUGCGCUGUAAUGUUCUAUUUAAAUGUAUUUAUUAUUAAAUUAUUUUCCUGAACUGGUCUUGUGGACGUGUGCUGCUCAUUUAUGUGCCAUUAUUGAAGACACAACACACACACACACACAGCAGAAAGAUUUAAUUUAACUUUAUUUUCAUAUCAAUGGAAAAAUAUAACCUCAUACAAAUGUCUGAUUCUGUCCGUCGUCGUCUUCUUAAAAGCUCGGUGAAUGACUCCAAUUAAGUGCCGCAAGAGGAAAACAAAACAAAAAAUUACAACCAAAAGCACAUGGAUGCUGCUCGGCUCGCCGCCGCUGACGUGUGUAUUAUUAAUUCGCAUCUUCUACGAGUAACACAUUAAGCUCAAGUCCAUCUGCACCGCUGGGUUUGGCACUCAGUUUCCUGCAAAACAAAUAAAGGAGAAUAAAGUCGCGUGUGGAGGUGUCUAAUAUCCCGUCGCUCCGCCGGAGCCUGCGCCUGUAGUGGCAAUAGUCUUCCCUAGGCAGGGCAGGUGAAGCUCCGAUCCGCACAUCCAUACUAACACACACCGGUAAGAGAACCAUUACUCAAUCAGCACUAUUAUUAAAGAAACACAGAGGAGGAGGAGGAGGAGGAGGAGGCCAGUAAUGUAGCGCAGCCGUGACGAGAGGCCGGACGCCUCCACUGCCGCUCGCCGAGGGAACGCAAGAGCAGCUCACUCAAUCGCAAACAAGAUAUUGAUCACCUUUAUUUAUUAUUGGUUGAAAUAUUGAGAGACGACGCGGAAACAGCGCCGCCCUCGCUCACUCACACACACACACUCCAGUCACGCCAUCAUGGCUCCAGCAGCAGGUUCCCGCGGC